AUGCCAAAAAUAAUUGUAAGUAAUCUACCACCUAAUUUUACAGUAGAAGACACAAGAACGAUAUACGAAAAAUAUGGAUUGAUACUAAACAUCACAAAAUCAGAAAAAAAUUAUUUUAUUACAUACAAGAACAGAAAUGAAUGCGCUACUGCUAUAAAUAGUACUAAUGGUAAGGUUUACAAUAAUUGUAAGCCUCUUAUUGUAGAUUAUGCUUACGACAGAGACUCUAAAGUAUUUAUUUUUAAUUUACCACUAGACAGUGAUUUAGUAGAUGUUACAUCUUAUUUUAGUUAUUACGGCAAAAUAGAACACAGUAAAUUUAUUAAGAAUGUGUUAUUUAUUGUAUUUGAAAAUAAAAAGGAUGCUAUAAAACUUUUAGAUCUUAAUAAUAAAAUACAUUAUAAGGAUAAAUUACUUAAUAUACGCAAUACAUUAAAAUCAGAGUGUAUGUACGAUGACUCUAAAUGUGUUUUUGUGUACAACGUACCAGAAGAUCUCACUGAAAUGGAUUUUUUAAGAUUUUUUAGUAAAUAUGGAUGUAUUUUGUCGAGUGGUAUAAAAAAUAAUAAAGGAUUUAUAAAUUAUGAGAGAGAGAUAGGAGCAUAUAAAGCGGUAAAAUAUGGUGAUGGAUUAAAAAUAAAAAACAAGAAAAUAAGAGUUACACUUAAAGGGGAAAAGCGUAAGUGA